GUGAAAUUGUGAUUGGAUCGUCCCGAAAUUCGACUAUAGAAUUACGCACCAAGUGAUCUUCUUUUACUUCGCUCAGCAGUAAAAAAAUAACAGAAAUGGCAGUAACGGCCACGGCAACUACCGCGUCUAUCCAGGGCGACGAGGAUUUAGAAGAAUUUAAUCCACAGGCCAAAUUGAUAAAGGCUAUAGAAGGCAAUGGCAUUACCGCGGGUGAUGUUAAAAAACUGCAGGAGGCAGGCUACUACACUGUCGAGUCAGUGGCGUACACACCGAAGAAGCAGCUCAUCACGAUAAAAGGAUUGAGCGACGCAAAGGUGGAUAAAAUACUAGAUGCUGCGUACAAGAUGGUGGUCAUGGGCUUCAAGACGGCAACCGAGAUCCACCAGUACAGGGCAAACACUGUGUAUCUGACAACGGGAUCCGCGGAACUGGACAGACUCCUGGGCGGAGGGAUUGAGACAGGUUCGAUAACCGAGAUAUUCGGGGAGUUCAGAACAGGCAAGACUCAGAUAUGUCAUACGCUCGCGGUCAAUUGCCAAUUGCCAGUGGACAUGGGUGGUGGGGAAGGAAAGUGCCUCUACAUCGAUACGGAGGGAACGUUUCGCCCUGAGAGGAUAAUCGCGGUAGCAGAGCGUUACAAGAUCAGCUCUGAGUCUGUUUUGGACAACGUCGCCUGUGCUAGAGCCUUCAAUACCGAUCAUCAAACACAGCUGCUCAUCCAGGCUUGCGCGAUGAUGACGGAGUCUCGAUACGCGCUGCUAAUCGUCGAUAGCGCCACAGGCCUGUACAGAACGGACUAUUCGGGUAGGGGGGAGUUGUCAGCUAGACAAAUGCACCUUGCAAGGUUCCUAAGAAUGCUGCUUAGAAUCGCCGACGAGCACGGCGUAGCCGUUGUAAUUACGAACCAGGUUGUCGCCCAGGUCGACGGCGCGGCCAGUAUGUUUGGCGGCGAUCAGAAAAAGCCCAUCGGUGGUAACAUCAUCGCUCAUGCCAGCACCACAAGGUUGUAUUUAAGAAAGGGCAGAGGGGAGACUAGGGUUUGCAAAAUAUACGACUCGCCCUGUCUGCCGGAGAGCGAAGCUAUGUUCUCUAUAAAUUCGGAUGGCGUUGGCGACGCCAAAGAAUAGUAUCGGUAACAAGUUGACUAAUUUUUGUGAUACGAUAUACUACGUAGGAUAAGAUAACUCUUAACAUCAAAGAUUUAAUAUUUUUAU